AUGCGAGAGUCGUCCGAUGCCGAGGAGCAAAUCGUGCUUCAAGAUGUCGCGCACCCCGUCUUCCUCUUGUACAUCUACACCGAUCAGGCCUUGUUGGUCGGAGAAAUCUCCUCCGAGCUGGCGGUGCACCUGCUCAUUGCGGCUGAGCGGUUCCUCUUAGAUCGCUUGAAGGCUUCCCAGCCACUUUGCAGACUUUCCAAAUUCAAUGAGAUCUCUACCUACCUCCAAUGUCAGUACCAUGUAGAGUUGGUCGGGUCUGUUUGCCCUCCUGGGCCCUAG